AUGAAGCGUCAGCAAGAAGAGCUGCAGGACCGGACCAUCAUCAGGAUCGCGGCCCACCUGCCGGACCUCAUCGUCUACGGGGACUUCUCCCCGCAGCGGCCGUCUGUGGACUACUUUGACGGAGUCCUGAUGUUUGUCGAUAUCUCAGGUUUCACCGCCAUGACUGAGAAGUUCAGCACAGCCAUGUACAUGGACCGCGGGGCCGAGCAGCUGGUGGAGAUCCUCAACCACUACAUCAGUGCCAUGGUGGAGAAGGUGUUGAUUUUUGGAGGAGACAUCUUAAAAUUUGCAGGUGACGCGCUGCUGGCGCUGUGGAAGGUGGAGCGGAAGCAACUGAAAAACAUCAUCACGGUUGUGGUCAAAUGCAGCCUGGAGAUCCACGGGCUGUUUGGAACACAGGAGUCGGAGGGCCUGGACAUCCGGGUCAAGAUAGGACUGGCCGCCGGCCACAUCACCAUGCUGGUCUUCGGAGACGAGACGCGCAGCUUCUUCCUGGUGACCGGCCAGGCGGUGGAUGACGUGCGCCUCGCGCAGAACAUGGCACAAAUGAACGACGUCAUUCUGUCGCCGAACUGCUGGCAGCUCUGUGACCGGAACAUGAUUGAAAUCGAGAGGAUCCCGGAUCAGAGAGCCGUUAAGGUUAAUUUCCUAAAGCCACCCCCUACUUUUAACUUCGACGAAUUUUUCAUGAAGUGUAUGACUUUCAUGGACUAUUAUCCUUCUGGUGACCACAAAAACCUCCUGCGGCUCGCGUGCAUGCUCCAGGCUGACCCUGUGCUGGAGGCGUCUCUGCAGAAGUAUUUGAUGGAAAGCAUAUUGAAGCAGAUUGACGACAAACAGCUGCAGGGUUACUUGUCUGAGCUCCGCCCAGUGACCAUUGUGUUUGUGAACCUGAUAUUUAAAGACCAAAACAAAGUCGAGGUCCUCAGCCAGGCCAUCCAGGAGGCCUCCGUGCACAUCAAUUCUGUCGUGAGGGUCUUCCGAGGCCAAAUCAAUAAGGUGUUCAUGUUUGACAAGGGCUGCUCCUUCCUCUGUGUGUUCGGGUUCCCCGGGGAAAAGGCGCCCGACGAGAUCACUCACGCCCUGGAAAGUGCUGUGGACAUAUUUGAUUUCUGCUCUCAGGUCCACAAAGUCUACACCGUUUCCGUGGGCGUGGCCAGCGGGACUGUCUUCUGCGGGAUCAUCGGACACAACGUGAGGCACGAGUACACAGUCAUUGGUCAGAAAGUCAACAUCGCGGCCAGAAUGAUGAUGUACUACCCGGGAAUCGUGACCUGCGACUCUGUCACCUACAACUGCAGCAACCUGCCGGCCUACUUUUUCAAAGAGCUCCCAAAGAAGGUCAUGAAAGGCGUUGCGGAUUCCGGGCCGGUCUACCAGUGCUUGGGCCUGAACGAGAAAGUCAUGUUCGGCAUGGCGUACCUCAUCUGCAACAGAAAUGAAUGCUACCCUCUGCUGGGCCGUGACAAGGAGAUUAAGUACUUCCGGACCACCAUGAAGGAAUUUCUGACGUCCAACUGCAGCCAAGUCCUCAUGUACGAAGGCCUGUCGGGGCACGGGAAGAGCCAGAUACUCAUGGGACUCGAGUACCUGUCCCAAGGCGAGAACCACAGGACUAUUGCUAUUGCCUUGACUAAGGUCAGCUUCCAUCAAAAUUUUUAUACCAUCCAGAUACUCAUGGCCAACGUCUUAGGCCUGGACACCUGUAAGCAUUACAAAGAACGACAGGCCAACCUUCAGAAUAAAGUCAAGACCCUGCUGGAUGAAAAGUUCCACUGCAUUUUUAAUGACAUUUUCCACGUCCAGUUCCCCAUUUCACGAGAGGUUUCCAAGAUUAGCGCCUUGAAAAAGCAAAAGCAGCUGGAGGCUUUGUUUAUGAAGAUCUUGGAGAAAACGGUGAAGCAGGAGAGGAUUAUUUUCAUCAUCGACGAGGGCCAGUUCAUCGAUCCGGCCUCCUGGACCUUCCUGGAGAGGCUGAUCCGGACCAUCCCGAUCUUCAUCGUCAUGGCCCUGUCUCCGUUCACCGACACCCCCUGCCCGGCCGCCAGCACCAUCAUGAAGAACAGGAACACCACCUACAUCACCCUCGGGGCCGUGCAGCCCAGCGACAUCCGCAACAAGGUCUGCCUGGACCUCAACGUCAAGGGCAUCCCCAAGGAGCUGGACUUGUACCUGGUGGAGGGGAGCUGUGGGAUCCCCUUUUACUGCGAAGAGUUGCUCAGGAACCUGGACCAGCACAGGGUGCUCAUUUUCCAGCCAAUGGAGUCCGAGGAAAAGGCCAACGUGACCUGGAAUAACCUGUUCAAGAACGUCGCCAAGCCAACCGAGGAAUUAAAGAAAUUUACUCUCGGCGAAGAGGGAAGUGAAGAAAUCUGCAAGCUCGCCAGAGGCGUCAGAUUGAAAAACCUGUCUCCACCAGCGUCAUUAAAAGAAAUCUCCCUGGUCCAGCUGGACAGCAUGAGCCUCCCGCACCAGAUGCUGGUGAGGUGCGCGGCCAUCAUCGGCCUGACCUUCACCACAGAGCUGCUGUUCGAGAUCCUCCCUUGUUGGAACAUGAAGAUGAUGAUCAAGGCCCUGGCCGAGCUGGUGGAGUCCAACAUCUUCAACUGUUUCCGGAACGGCAAGGAGCUCCGAAAGUCUCUGAACCAUAACGCCACCUCGUUCGAGGUGAACUUUCGCUCCCUGUCUCUGAAGCCCAUGGAAGGAAUGGCUCACCGGAUGGACGAGGAGCUCCGAGAACUGGAGAGCGAGGUCAUCGAGUGCCACAUCAUUCGGUUCUGCAGGCCGAUGAUGCAGAAGACCGCCUACGAGCUGUGGCUCAAGGACCAGAAGAAGGCCAUGCACCUGAAGUGCGCCCGCUUCUUGGAAGACAACGCCCACAUGUGCGACCAUUGCCGCGGCAGGGACUUCAUCCCCUAUCACCACUUCACCAUGGACAUUCGGCUCAACUCCUUGGACAUGGACUCCAUCAGGAAGAUGGCUUACCUCCAGGGGUUCAAAACUGAAGAAGAGAUCACCGUUUCCAAAAUAGAGAUUCUGAGAAAGUCUAAGAUAUUCCCGGAAAAUCUCAGUCCCGACGAGGUAAGAGAAAAGAUCCUGGGUUUCUUCGACACCGUCAUAACCAAGAUGAGCCCGUCGCAGGAGGACAUCCUGCCGCUGGAGUCGUGCCAGUGCGAGGAGAUCCUGGAGGUGGUCGUCAUGCCGCUGGCCCACCACUUCCUGGCUCUGGGGGAGAACAACAAAGCCUUGUACUACUUCCUAGAAGCUGCGUCCGCUUACCUCCUCCUGAAUGACAACUACAUGGCCUACACAUACCUGAACGAGGGAGAGAGGCUGCUGAAAACUCUCAAGAACAAUAAUUCCUGGAGCCACACCUUUGAGUCUGCCACCUUCUACAGCCUCAAGGGUCAGGUCUGUUUCAACAUGGGCCAGAUGGUGCUGGCCAAGAAAAUGCUGCGGAAGGCCCUGAAGCUCCUCAGCCGGCCUUUCCCUUACAGCAUGAUCUCCCUGCUCUUCCACACCCGUGUUGAGAAAAACAAACACUUUCGUUACACGAAUCAACAGGCCAAACAGAGCUCCCCUCCAGAGAAGAAGAGGCUGGCGGAACUUUACCAGCAAACCAUCUGCUUCUCCUUGCUGUGGAAGAUCUACAACCUCAAUUACUUUUUCCACUGCAAGUACUACGCGCAGCUGGCAGCUCUGAUGAACAUGAACGCCGCCCUGGAAAUGCAAGACAACUUCCAGAUUAUUAAGGCCUACCUGGAGUACUCGCUGCACUGCCAGCUGGACGGCCGCACGGGCGUGUGGGUCAAGUACGAGGUCAUGGCCAUGGAGCAGAUCUUCAGCCUCCCCCUGAAAGGCACGGGCAGCGAGAUCAUGGCGUACGUGGCCGAAACGCUGGGCUACACCAAGCUCAUAAUGGGCCACUUGGACUUGGCCAUCGACUUAGGCUCCCGUGCUCAGAAGAUGUGGGUGCUGCUCCGGAACCCCAACAGGCAAUCCAAGGUCCUCUGCUGGCUUAGUAAAUGUCUCUUGCUGAAAAACAGAUACAAGCAGCUGAUCCAGGUGCUGGGGUGGCUGUGGGACCUGUCCGUGGCGGAAGAUCACAUCUUCAGCAAGGCGUUUUUCUAUUUAGUCUGCCUGGACAUCAUGCUUUACGCCGGCUUUACUUACAGGACGUUCCGCGAGUGCGUGGACUUCAUCCACCACAACGAGGACAACAGGAUCCUCCAGUUCCAGAGCGGGAUCCUCCUGGGACUCUACUCGAGUGUGGCCAUAUGGUAUGCCAGACUUCAGGACUGGGAGGAGUUUCAGAUAUUUUUCAACAAAGCUAAAAAUCUCGUGCCGAGAAGGACGCCCUCCGCUCUUUACUUCCGGGGCAUCUGUGGGUACAUGGAGGGCCAAGUCCUGCACCUGCAGAAGCAAAUCGAGGAGCACGCGGAGAACGCCCAGGACACAGGCGUGCAGCUGCUCAAGAGCCUGGAGAGCCUGGUGACGCAGAACAUCACGGGCGCUGUCUUCUACCCGAGGCUCUACCACCUCAUGGCCUACGUGUGCAUCCUCAUGGGCGACGGGAAGAACUGCGACCUCUUCCUGGACACGGCCCUGCAGCUGUCGGAGACGCAGGGGAACCUGCUGGAGACGUGCUGGCUGAACCUGAGCCGGGAAUGGUGGUACUCCGGCUGUGAGCUGGCCGAGAACCAGUGGAUGUCGACACUCCUGGCUCUGCCGUCAUGGGACAAAGUUAUGUCCGGCAAGGUGAACCUGCAGGAGAUCCAAAAAAACAAAUUCCUCAUGAGAGUGAAUAUCCUGGACAAUCCUUUCUAACGUUCCCUGAAAGAAAACGAAGAUGCUAGUAAGACCCCUCUGUUACUAACCGUUCCCUGUAG